UCCAGGAGCCUCAGAGAGGAGCAGAAGGAGAGUUUCUCUGCUCGUACUCGUCUGUCCAGUUUUAUUUUUCUGGAGUUUCAAAGAAGAAGAAGGGGAAAGGUUGGUGUUUGUGAGUCUGAUCUCUUCUACAUGAACCUCUGCAGAGCUUGAAACCUUUCCCUUCCCUUCUUCAGUUUGAUCUCCUCACCGUGAUCCUGCAGUCAGACUCUGUGGAUUUGUGUCUGAAGGAGGAGGAUGAGCAGUUUCAUGUUCUUCAUCCUCCCUGCUCUGGGUGGAUACGCUCUGACCUCAGUGUACCUGCUGAAGAACCCGCUCAUUCUGCACAGGAAGAAACGCACGGCCUUCUACUGCACGCACAUCUCACACCGAGGAGGAUGUGGAGAGCGGAUAGAGAGCACAAUGGAGGCGUUCACACAUGCCGUUGAGCAGGGAACACAGAUGCUGGAGCUCGACUGUCACCUGACACAUGACGGACACGUGGUGGUGUCACAUGACGAGAAUCUGCUAAGAGAGACCGGACAUGACGCCACCAUGUCUUCAUUAAACCUACAGGACCUUCCUCCGUAUAAGGAGAGGCUGGAGGUGACAUUUUAUGCCGGACGUUUCAGCAGCGGGGCAGACAGGAAAUUUGCUCUGCUGGAGGAUUUGUUCAGGAAGUUUCCCAGGAUGCCGAUCAGCAUUGAGAUCAAAGAGAACAACAGUCAGCUCAUAGAAAAGGUUUCUGAUCUGGUUAAAUGUUAUAACAGAGAUGAAAUCACUGUGUGGGCCACCGUCAACUCCAACAUCAUGAGGAGAUGCCGCCAAACGAACAGCUCGAUGCCGUACAGUUUCACUGUGAGUCGUGGCGUUCUCCUCCUCCUCCUCUACUACAGCGGCCUGCUGCCGUUUGUUCCUCUAGGAGAAAGUUUACUGCAGUUCUACCUGCCCAGAAUCAUCAACAGGACGUUCAUCCCUGAAAAAGGCCUCCUGAGGAACAAACUGGUCAUCGCUCUGUUAGAGAAAGUCACCAUGAGGAAAAGUCUGUUUGAUCACCUCUCAGCCCGAGGAAUUCAGGUUCAUCUGUUCGUCUGUAAUGAAGACGAGGACAUAAAGGCUGCGUUCGACAUCGGAGCAACGGGAGUGAUGACCGAUUAUCCGACUCUUCUGUCAAACUUCCUCAGCAGGAACAGAAACCAGGACUGAGACGGAUUAAACAAAAACAACAAAGUUCAGGGAACGGCAGCUGUGAAAGGACAAAACUGUUAAAGAAGAAGAAGAAGAGCGUGGCUGUUUUGAUCUGAUUGUGGAAGAGUUAAAUAUUAGACAACCUGGAGGAGGAAGAAAACUCUCCCUUCACACUUUUAUCUCAGUCUUCUAACAGUAUUGAUAAGGUUAUCUGUCAGUGUUUAACAGUGGAGACACUUUCAAAGAUGAAGCCAUUGUUCUGAUUAGAGCCAAACGUGUUGCAAAAACCAAACAAAUGUUCCUGAUUCACAUGUCAUUAGUUUGUGUUAAAAUGGUUAAUCCCCUGCUGUUUCAAUGAUCGAUAGUAGAAAAAGGUUCCAAAGAUUAAAAUCAGAUUUUUAGUUAAGACCUGUAAUGUGAAGAUGGAGCAGCAGUGGUUCACUCAGACCAGGUCCACACUCACUACCGAGGUUUUCCUCCUUCUUUCAGAAUCCCGUCCACACCUCGUCUCAGUUCUGUCCACAUAAAAAUGCAAAUGUUUGGUGUUGUAAAGAGCACGCCAUGUCAGCAGCAGUCGGACCUCUGGUUCAGAAAGCUGACUCCUUCUGUGAACAACUGGAGCAGCUCCAGUUUGAGAGACAGCUUCAGUUUUCCAUUUUUGUUGUUGUAAAGACACAAACAAGGUUUAAUGGCACCAAAGAGCUUUAAAGGAGUCUCUAAAGGAGAGCGGCUCUUACUACUGAGCUGAGACUAAUAAUCCAGAUCUCUUAAAAGAGAGACCAUCACUCUGAUCAAGACCAGACCAACAUGAUGCUCUGGGUUUACUAGUAGAAUUCAGCAGGUCACAUUGUGUGAGGUACCAGGCAUUAACUCUGACUGUUUAUUCUGAACAUUUAAACUAGAAAAGCUUUUUUUUUAAUCACUGAAGGAAUCCCACAUUUAUAAAUAACUCAUUUAAUCUUGAAGGAAUUCCCUUUUCUGUAAGUCUGAGCCUUAUUAAAAUGUAUCUGUUCAUAAUAUACCUUCAUGUGAAGUCACAUAAACUCCUGUUGUCUGAUGCUUUGUGUUAAUUCUGUGCUCUGUUUGAAGAAACGUUCCAGUGUUAAUGCUUAACCAGCUGAACGGUGUCACCUGACAUCCCACUGGCCCUGAUAAGAGAGUAAACGUGACUAUG